AUGAGUAUAAAAGUCUGGAGAGAUGCGAAUCACACUGCAGUGAUGGAAUUCAUCCUUCUGGGGUUUGGAAGAGGUCCAGGGCUCCAGGUGGUCCCUUUUGUGAUGUUCUUGGUGAUUUACAUAAUAACUGUGCUAGGGAACACCAUCCUGGUCCUCAUCAUUACAGCCAACUCUCGCCUUCACACCCCCAUGUACUUCCUCCUCAUGAAUCUGUCACUCUUAGACCUCUGCUACUCCUCCGUCAUUGCCCCCAGAGCUAUGGUGAGCUUCCUAACAGACACCAAAACCAUUUCCUACAGGGAAUGUGCCACCCAAUUCUUCUUCUUUGCUCUCUUUGUCACUACUGAGACAUUCAUCCUGACAGCCAUGGCAUACGAUCGAUACACCGCCAUCUGCAACCCACUCCUGUAUCCCACCACCAUGUCCAAGCCAGUCUGCAUUCAACUGGUGGUGGGGUCCUAUCUCUGUGGCAGCAUGAACGCCAUGGUGCAAACAGGCUUCACCUUUACUCUGCACUUCUGUGGCUCUAAUGAGAUUGAUCACUUCUUCUGUGAUGUUCCACCCCUGCUAACCCUCUCAUGCACAGACACAUACAUCAAUCAAAUGGUGAUGUUUGUCUUAUCGGGCAUCAUCAUAGUGAGCACUGCCCUGAUCAUUCUUGUCUCUUAUGCCUAUAUCAUCUCUGUUGUCCUCCAGACUCGCUGUGCCGUGGGCAGGCACAAGACCUUCUCCACCUGCACCUCCCACAUAGUAGCUGUAAGUUUAUUUUACGGGACUGUUUCCUUCAUGUAUGCCCAGCCAAGUUCAUUAUCCUCCCCAGAUCAGGGUAAAGUGGUGUCUGUGUUUUAUACCCUGGUCAUCCCCAUGUUGAAUCCCUUCAUCUACAGCCUAAGGAACAAGGAUGUGAAAGAAGCUUUGAGAAGAACCAUAGGCUGCAUAAUUAUUUUUGAAAUGAAUCUUUUCUAUGAAUAUUGA